CGUGACUGUUGGCGACGCGUGUCCAUGUGAAAUGUGUCUGGGGUGUACGGAGCAGGCUGUACUGUGUGGAGUUGUUUUGUUACGACGGGAGAGACACGCUGUACACAGUGCAGUCGCUAAAUUAUAUUGCUUCAUAAUUAAUUAGCAAACGAAUUCCUCAGCGUUGUUGCACCGAUGUAGCGUUAGCAGCAGCUCCUGAACUCAUCACUCAUUAAUCCAAUAUAAAACCAGCUGGUUAUUAUCUCCGCCCUCGUCUUCAUUACGUUCAUUUCCUCCGACCACCUCAGGAUGCUGACAGUCACUUGGGUGGGGCUGCCGCGGAUGACGAUCCUCGGGAGCAGAGCUCAGGGAUAAAUGAGAUUAUUUUGAAUACCCAGGGCGGUGAAGACAUGACCAAGCCCGAAGCGAAGAGAAGCGGCGUGGCCGCAGUGAACGUCGCCGGGAAGUGCGCCACAGCCGCAGAGCAGGUCAACAACGGCUUGGCUGAUCCGGACUGUCCGGGUCAGAGCGUACCGUCCAAAGCCAAGGUGAUGAAGCAGACCUCCAAAGAGAGCCUGCAACGCAGGAAUACCGAGUGUGAGGUCUAUGACGACGGGACCAACACCUUUUUCUGGCGGGCUCAUACUCUGACAGUGCUGUUCAUACUGACUUGUGCUCUGGUCUACGUCACCCUAUUGGAAGAGACCCCCCAGGACACGGCUUACAACACUAAAAGGGGGAUUAUAGCCAGCAUCCUGGUAUUUCUCUGUUUCGGAGUAACACAAGCCAAAGAUGGACCAUUCACUAGACCACAUCCAGCUUACUGGAGGUUCUGGCUUUGUGUCUCUGUCGUCUAUGAGCUCUUCCUCAUCUUCAUCCUGUUCCAGACGGUGCAUGAUGGACGACAUUUCAUGAAGUACAUUGACCCCAAAUUGGGGGUGCCUCUCCCAGAGCGCGGCUAUGGAGGAAACUGCCUCAUCUAUGACCCCGGCAACACCACUGACCCCUUCCACAACAUCUGGGACAAGAUGGACGGAUUUGUUCCAGCUCACUUCCUGGGAUGGUAUAUCAAGACUCUGGUGAUCCGGGAUUGGUGGAUGUGUAUGAUAAUCAGUGUCAUGUUCGAGUUCUUGGAGUACAGCCUGGAGCAUCAGUUACCUAACUUCUCAGAGUGCUGGUGGGACCAUUGGAUCAUGGAUGUGCUGGUGUGUAAUGGUCUGGGGAUUUACUGUGGUAUGAAGACACUGGCCUGGUUGUCAAUGAAGCCCUACCAGUGGCAGGGCCUGUGGAACAUUCCUACAUACAAGGGGAAGAUAAAGCGCAUAGCAUUCCAGUUUACCCCCUACAGUUGGGUGAAGUUUGAGUGGAAGCCUGCUUCUAACCUUCGUCGUUGGCUCACUGUGUUGGGCAUAAUCUUUGUGUUCCUCCUGGCAGAACUUAACACCUUCUACCUGAAGUUUGUGUUGUGGAUGCCUCCUGAACACUACCUGGUGCUGCUCCGCCUGGUCUUCUUUGUUAAUGUGGGAGGCGUGGCCAUGAGGGAGAUCUAUGACUUCAUUGGCGACCCGAAAUUCCACAAGAAGCUUGGCCAGCAGGCUUGGCUGGUGGUAGCCAUCACAGUGACGGAGUUCCUCAUCGUGGUCAAGUACGACCCAAACACCAUCAUGUUGCCUAUCCCCUUCUUCAUUAUGCAGUGCUGGUUUUUAGGGAUCCUCCUCAUCGUCACCUGGACUCUGUGGCGCUUUUUUAUCCGUGACAUCACACUACGCUACAAAGAGACACGUCGACGCAAACAGGAAGUGCCUGCUGACUGGGACCGCCCUGUGGGCAACGGCAGCACCGCCGCCCCAUCUGGGCGCAGCAAACUCAACGGCAGCUCCGAGACGGUGCGGCAGAGGAAGUCGUGAAGGCCCGGGCGGUGGAUCGAUCAGCAGCUGCUGAGGGGGAGCGAGAGCGAGAGAGAGAGAGGACACGGUUUAAAAAGGGGUGGGGCGGGAAUCAGACGAAUGAAUGAAGGAGCAUCGAGACAAAGGGACACACAGAGACGUGCAGACGGACUAGUAUUCGCUGUGUACGCAGUUUUCUGUGCCUACAUGAACCAAGUAGUCAUUCAACAGAGGAGAGGGUGGAAGCAGGGGCAACUUUCAUUUGUUGCGUUGUUCUAGUUAUUGUCGUACUACAGGGAUUUACCUCAUACUAUUUUUAAGAACAUUAAUGCAGUUAAUACAGGUGACAUGUUUAUUUAUACAUGAUAAAUGAUGCGGGUGGGAAAACAAAACAAAAAAGCUAAAUCAAAGAGACAGAGUGGUGGAAGGAGUGUUUUUUUUUUUUUUUUUUAGAUGAAGAGUGAAGUAGGUAAACUCAACCAGUAACUGCUAACUGACGGUAACUCUUUUCUCUCAUCUGCACUGAGUAGUAUAGAAAUGCAGCCAUGCGUCAGUGUAAAUAGGCUUUGUUCUGUGUUGUGCGGAUGAGAGGAAGGAGAGUAUUUGGAGCAGUUUGUGUAGAUGUAAUGACUGAUUCAUUGUCCACUGCUAUGCAGUCUUCAGCAUCCAUAGGUUAUUUUUUGGCCACACAUUGUUGCCGGGCGGCAGUAGAACUGAAGCUCGGUUAUUCACGACACAUUUCUGUUACGUAUAGUGAAAAAAAAUAUUACACUUUAGAUUAUUUUGAUUCGUGAGAGUCUUAUACAGUUUGUAGAGCUUUUUCUCUUUAGUUUUGUCCCAUUUUUUUUGGUGCAUUGUGUACACGUUUUUGACAAUGUCAGCUCUUUUUUUUUUAUUAUUUACUGUUCAGAUUUUCUGAUUCCUGGAGGCACUGCUGUGUAACUGCUGUGGAUCGUCCCUCAGUCACAGGGAGGAGUGGUAAACCGGUCAAAGCCGUUCUCCCACUGUCACACUUUUCUCUUAAAAAGAACAAGUUGUAAAAAAAAAAUGAAAACAAAUCAAGAUGUACCAUUUCCUAUUUAACUUCUGAUGCUUAUACAUAGUAUAUGAGAUAUGGUUUGGGGUAUUUUAAGUAGAUGUUUUGUUAUCACUGUUUCUAUUUAUUUAGGGUAAAUCAAUUUUGGACACUACUUUUUUUUUUUUGUGAAAUGUGGUCCUGAGAAAUCUGCAGCGCUCUUUAACAAACAGAUCCAUGACAAUCACACUUGUCCUCUGAUGGAGACACGUUGGCUCACAUGCAGAAACAGAACUGCAGCUGAGGCUCGGCUGAACUCUUGUCCCGUUCGGUCUCAUCAGGAUGUCAAUUUAUUAAUCAGAUGUUUGAUUGUUUUAUUUUAUUCCAGUUAACUCUGAAUUUUUAUGCUCGCUCAUGCCCGAUUUAGCUGAAACUCAUGAGAUCACACUUUACUUUGAGAGGGAGAAACGAGGACUCACUGCAGUGUGUCUUUGUAUUGAGGUUUGGGAAGAAGACCAACCUUUCCACACCUUUGUGGUGGGAGGAGGGAGGUGAUGCCAUAUUAAACAUGCAAUCAGCCAAAGCUUUGAUUUCAUUCUUGCUAAAGCCAUAGAUGCCACCCGGACUCACCCACGCCGCUCAGACUAAUGUUAAACCUCAUUUAGAUUCCUUUUAAUUUCAUUUAAAGCAGAAUUUCAAAGCCAUUCUUGUCAGCCACAAUAAAAGAGUGUAAUGUUCCAGUCGGACAUCAACACCUGGAGGUCAGACCGUCGAAAACUCCCCAGCUGCCUUGUUUCUUUAACACUGUCUUUUUCUUUUAAUCAAUUAUUAAUUGUAGAACUUAAACCUUUUAGUUAUUUAAUUCAGUACAAACUUAAUCUGUAACUACGAUUGAUACUCGGUUAGUUGUUUCAGUAAGUGUUUAUCAGUUGUGAUCGUGAACUGUAGAACAGACGUCGAUUUAUAAAUUGUUGGACCUACAAUAACCAUUUUUUAUCUCUCUAGUUACGGAAGGUUUAUCAAAACAGUUGAUGUCGUCGUUAGUUGUAGUCGGCAAUAAAUAUCAUAGGAUACGACAAACUAAACUUUACAUAAAAAAGAAAACCUAACAAACAAACCCAGCGCUGUCACUGAACAAAACACCACUGCAUUCCAAUUUUUCUGAAUGUUCAGUUUCCAGAAAAGCAUAUGAUUUUUGCACUCUUCACGUCUCGUCACUGUCAAACAGGGAUGCAACGAUCAAUCAAAUUAUUAAUCGAUUGGUAAAUGAAUCUGCAAUAAUUUUUGAUUAUUGAUUGAUUGUUUUUUGUUUUUUUUUUUUUAAUGUGAAUAUUUUCUGGUUUCUUUGUCCAUAUGACAAAUAAAUAAUUAAAACUGAAUAAGUUUGGGAAACACUGAUCGACAUUUUAUGGACCAAACGACUAAUUGAUUGUUGGAGAAAGUAAUCAACAGUUGAAUUGAUUCUGAAAAAGGAUAUUUAGUUGCAGCACUACUUUUGUUGGAAACUCAUUUUGUCCCAGUGACACAGCUGAUGUUGACACCUGUGACCCUUAACGUUAAAGCUCCCCGUCGUUAUCUUGGCCGGCGUAUAAAGAGGAUACUGUUGUCAUUUUCUUGUGAAUGUAGUCCGCAGAGUCUUCUGUUCAAAUGAGAGAGGGUGCGUUGUUUAUGCAAACACCAUUUUCACUUGUAUCCAGGCUGUAUCUGUCCACAUACUCCACCCUGCUUUUUGAAAACACAGAUCGCUGGUGCAAAGUUAAAACCUUAGCAACCUCUCGCUGAUGUAUGAAGUUGUGUGCUUGUUUCUGUGAUGUCCUGAUUCAGUUGCGUGGGAACUUUUAGAAUAUCUGAGAAAUUUAGCUUCUAAUUUUUUCAAUCCUUUAUUAAUGAAAGCAUUUUAAAACAUGGGCUAGGUACUCACUGUGCACUCGUGUUACAUAACAUAUCUUGGAUUGGAAAAAAUAGUUUCACAGACUGAACUCAUCAAUGACAUGUUGAAUGAAAUGGAAAUUGGCCAAAAGAAAAAGAUUAUUCAGGACCUUUUCUGAGUGUGUGUGGAGAUUCAGUGUAGUUUUACUUGCAGACACAUGGGGGCGGUAGAUUUUUUGUUCUUGUCUCUCUGUCAACGAUCACUGGUAAACCUGAAGUAAAAGCCAUUUCCAACAAGGUCUGUGUAUAUGUGAACAUGUUAAAGAUCAUAAAACUGAGAAAUGCUGCUGCACCACAUAAUUUUAUAAUGUUUUCAAUAAAAUCUAAUUGAAACUUGUA